UCUCAGUACUUAACUAAAUUCGAGCGGGUUAGGUUUAAAGUGACGGUUGAGAAGUGAAAUUCUGCUGCCAGGCGGAAAUCUUACACGCGCUGUGGGAAAUACAACGAAGGCGGAUACUCGAGUACACGAAACAAAACCGAAACGUACACAUACAUAUUUAUAAGCGUCACUCAACAAAUAUUUAUAUUCUUCCACUGUGAUGUAAUGGUUCUUUUUAGUAUUAGUUGAAGAAAUCAAAAAUUGUUUAAUAUUUUUAAAGCCGGUUUCCGUGCUGAAGUUUUCCAGUGUACGUUUGCCAGUUGAGGCGAAUAGUCAAUUAUCACGCGUUAUAUUUACCAUACUUUCAUAGUGUGCACGACAUCCGACGUAGCCAAAUCAUUUCUUAGUGCGCGUAAUAAAUAUCUAAUUUUCACGAAGUGUGCUUAAUGACCAACGUCAUUAAUUGUCAUACGGAUCAAGCAUAGCAACGCUGCAAACCACAACAAACCAAAAAACUGUAAAUGUUCAUUUAUUAACUAAUCACGCUUUAUUUACAAAAGGACUAAAGCGGUGACAAAAACGUAAUAAAUUUGGAAUUUAAGUAAAGUUCAAUAAUACAGAUUGCUAGCUUGUUGGUAUUUAAAAGAAAUAAACCAAAAUCAAUAUGAAGUUCAUUGCUAUUCUGCCUCAACCUACAGAACCAGGUCAUAAAAUUCAAAUCAGUGGAAGAAUUAGCAACAAUGCAGAAGAGUUUUCCAUAAACUUUGCGAAUGAGACCAAUGACCAUCCACAAUCGAUCGCGUAUCACUUCAAAUGGGACGUGGCUAAAAAAAUGCUUAUUGAGGACUAUAAAGAGGACAACGAAUGGAAGAAAAGAAAUGCAACUGCAUUUGAUAUAUUUGAUGGUCGGUUCAAAAAUAAAGCUAUUAACGAUAGUAUAAGCAACCGCUUUAUCGACAAUAACACAAUUGUAGACACUACUGACACAUUUCCACAUUCGUAUUCUCUUUUAGGGCUGGAAUUCGCCCUAGAAUUCGCAUUCCAAGACGACGGCAUCUAUGUGUACAUGGUCUGCGAAGAUGCCCGAAAUCAUGUCACACAUUUUCAACCCGAGAUCGAUAUUCAAUUCAUUGAAUCGGUACAAGUGUGGGGCGAUGUGGAAAAAAUCACACAGUUAUCAUUCUCUUACAAUUAGGCGUCAAUUACAGUUUUCACAAUUGCAAAACUGCCAAAAGCAAUAAAUUUGUUCUUUGUGUUCUAGUUGUUGAAUGAACAAUAACAACUGCAAUGGAACAACGAUCUGAACCGCUCUUGGUUGGAAAAAAUGCUCGCGCAUCACACCGUUUCAUGGCACGAAUUGCAGGCAUUGCAAGAUCUCUCGUGGCAAGUCAAUUACAUCGCCCCCCGCAACUACAACUUGCAGUAUGAAGUUUGUUUGUGUUUUUAAGCAUACAAAAUAUGCACAAAAUACAUGCUUAUGUACAUAUACAUACGUAUAUUUACAUAUAUGUACAUAUGUAUGUGUGUAACCAUGUACCUGGCCUUUGAUUACCACUCCUCCUACCCGUUUCCAUACAAGUGGGAUUGAUAUAACUUUUGCAUGAUCGCAUUAAGCCUCGCUGCCAACUAAGUUCUUAAGUCUUGAUUAAGCUAGCGCUAAGCAUGAGCCGCAAGUAUUCUAUUUCAAAUAACCUAUAACUGUACUAACAAUUUUGCAAUUGAAUGUUGUUUAAAUACCAAAGAUCAAAUGUCAAAACACUGAAAAUAUUACAUAUACCUAAUCAAAUAAACAUAAAAAUUACUUAAUAAAGUUUUUGUAGUUUUAUAAAAAUACCGUUGAUGCCUUGUAACUGCUCGCAUCUUUUUAUAAGCAAUAAUAAUGAAAAAGUUGAAAUUUAAAGCAAUAGUGCACAAAAAAAGUUUUCUAUAAAGUAUGAACAUUAAAAAUCUGCAACUUGAUAUUUUUUACUUACAUAAAAACUAUAAAAUAUUACAAAUAUGUGCAUAAAAGCACAUUCGUUGAAAUUGUUUGUAGAUUAUAUAUAAAAGUGCUUUUUAUUACAUCAUCUAUUGUUUCAAGAGUUUUCUAUUAAAUAUAUUUACAUAGAAUGUAUCCAGAAAAACCCAAAUUUUUAAAAAGUAAAAUUUCCGAAAUUUCCUAACGAUAUUUUUCCUAGAUAUUAAAAAGGUUACAUAUUUUAUUAAUCUAAAAUUGUAAACAAAACCUAUAACUAUUGAAAUGUUUCAGAAAGCUAAAGAAAUUCUGCGAAUAUAAUUGUUUGCAGUGUAUACAUAUGUAUGUUAUUAAAAAAUGUUGCAAAGUUGUAAUAAACUUUUUCCUAUAUAUUUAAAUUAUUAUAUAAGAACUAUUGCCAUAUUGUUUUUUUAAUUCCAUUUCGAUAUUUGGGAAUAAUUUUAUCAAAUAAUUUGCAAAAAUUUUACAAUUAUAAUUAUGAGGCAAUCGUAUAGUUCUAAUAUGCUAUUUUCACCAUGCAUUCAGAAGAAGCCAUUUAAUGCAAUAAAAUUAUUAAAGUAUUCAUAUGUAUGUAAGUAAGUAUUUAUUCGUGAAAUUGUAUUUUAUGAUUUAAAAAUAAAAAUGAUAACUAAAUUGUAACUUAGUUUCUCUAUAUAAUUACAUAUAGCAAAAUAAUAAGAAUAUAAUCACGCUCAAAUGUUUUAAAACCCUCACACUGGUUAAUAACAUAGAAUAUAAACUGCUCAUAAAAAUCUAGUGCAUUUAAAUUAAAAAAUUGUGUAAUAAUCCAUCAUAAUUAAUUUAUGCAGAAUAAUAGAAUAUUUAUUUAACGUAAUAUACUCAAUAUAUUCAAAAUUAUUUUGUGAACUUAAGCAAGUGGAUUGUCUUUCAGUAUAUGCUAUUUUAUUUUAUAUAUUCGUAUGUAAUAUUUCAAAAAAUAAAUAAAAUGUUUUGUUAACAAAAUAAUUAGUUAUAGAAAAAAUCAAAAUAAAACUUGCCUUAUAAAUGUUUUUAAGCAUAUGAAAUUAAUCUUAUUUUGAUUUUAUUUUGUGUGUACAUAUUCAUAUGUUUAUCAACAAAUCGGUUUGUAUUAUAAUUUUUGAUUUCAUGCAAUAGUAUUCUAUUAUGGUUUAUACUAUAUUCCGUGGAGGUACCCCUCACCGGUUAUAGCCAAAUGUAAUUUAUAAGAAAACAAAAAGUUAUCAUCUUUUGAAAAAUCAAUAAAAAACCGAACGAA